AUGUUUAUGUUUGUUGAAUUAAAGGCUGAGGUUCAUGUUAAACCUCGUCCUGCUGACUUUAAUUCUAACCUGGGUGCCCAGGACCCAAGAAGAGGAAGAUAUGCUAAGGAUUUUGGACCCCCCUACUCUAGACUUUGCAAAGAGGUGAGAAACCGGUUGAUAGAAGACAUUAUAAAGAAACAUAAGAUGCUCAGAACUGCCAGUGACAGAGAGAAAGCAGCGAGAAGAAAACAGUUUGACGAGAAGCGAAAAGAAAAAUCCAAGAAAAAGAAAAAGAAGAAAAAAAGAAUUAUCGCCUCGAAGCUGAAGAAGAAAGUAUGUUUGAAACAAAAUGUCUGCUCUACUUGUGGGGAUUUGCAUCUGAAGCGGGGCACUCAAUGCAAACUUAGAGAUUUGCGAGUUCGAAUUAUGGUCCAGCAGAUACUACAGAACAGUCAAGAUAUUAAGGCAAACAUGAGUCAAGUUUGGAAGAACCUUGAAUAUCUUGAAUCCACUUAUGAACAAUUUUUCCUGAAAACCCAUAGAAUACAAUCUAAUAGGGUCUGCUUGGGAGAUCUCACAGGAAAGGAUUUCCCCGGAGAAAAACAUCCGUUUGCCUGUCCUUGUGUUCUUAAACAGGAGAAGGAGAGAUUAGAUGCUGAGAUACAGGAGAAACGAAGAGAAGAAGAGGAAAGAAGAAGAGAAGAACUUGCAAAGGAAGAAAGAAAAAUAAAGCAGGAUGAGACUCGGUAA